AUGGAUCAACCAAACACAAAUCGAUCCUCAACAACCCUCGAUAACGAAAACCGCGGAGAUGAAGCAACAUUUGCUCCCAUAAACACCCACCAAAGCGCAAUGUCCCGCGUCCGCCGCCCCCUCUCUCACAGCCACUGUCACUCAAGAGACGGCUCUCAAAAGGAACACCGCGAUCCAGAUCUCGACAUCGACCUCCCCUACCGUACCCUCAGCGCAAACGCCAACCUCGAUGAGUACCGCGUCGAAGUCCCAGGCGGUGCCAUCCCCGGUCCUGUGCAACCCGAAGAGAUCGCUCGCAAGUCCACAAACCAUGAGCCUGGAACCGAGCGUCGCUACAAGCUCGUUGCCUUUACGCCAGGAGACCAAGGAAACCCUAAGAAUUGGAGCAAAGCGUUCAAGUGGUGGUGCACUAUGUGUGUUGCGCUGACUUGCUUUGUUGUUGCCUUCUGUUCGUCUGUCAUCACUGCUGAUAUUGCGGGUGUGACGAAGGAUCUUCAUGUGAGCGAAGAGCUUGCCCUUGCGAGUAUCAGUUUGUUUGUUGUUGGUUUCGGUGUUGGACCUAUGGCUUUUGCGCCUUUGUCUGAGAUUUACGGACGAAGAAUCAUCUACGGAUCUACUCUGUUCGUUGCCUUCAUCUUCAUUAUUCCUUGCGCUGUGGCCACCAACAUCGAGACUCUUCUCGUCUGCCGUGCCAUUGGUGGAAUUGCCUUCUCUGCGCCGAUGACUCUCGUCGGUGGUACACUUGCCGAUCUGUGGAAGAAUGAGGAGCGUGGUGUUCCCAUGGCUGCAUUCUCUGCUGCUCCCUUCAUCGGUCCUGCCAUUGGUCCCCUCGUUGGUGGUUUCCUCUCUGACGCUGCUGGCUGGCGCUGGCUCUACUGGAUCCAACUCAUCCUCGCCUUCAUCGUCUGGAUUCUCAUCACCUUCACCGUCCCCGAGACUUACGCCCCUACUAUCCUCUCCCGUCGCGCCCGCAAGCUCCGAGCCGAGACUGGCGAGACCGACCAUGUCACUGAGCAGGAACUCGAUUUGCGUCCCAUCUCUGAACGUCUUAGAAUCUUCCUUAUCCGACCUUUCCAGCUCCUCUUUGGCGAACUCAUUGUGUUCCUCAUUUCUCUGUAUAUGAGUGUCCUCUACGGCCUUCUGUACAUGUUCUUCGUCGCUUAUCCCAUCAUUUACCAGAAGGGCAAAGGAUACUCUGCUGGAAAGACUGGUCUUAUGUUCAUUCCCAUUGCAGUCGGUGUUAUCAUGUCUGCCUUCUGUGCGCCAUUUGUCAACCAGCAUUACCUCAAGUUGGUCAAGAAGCACAAUGGUCAUCCUCCCGCUGAGGUCCGUCUGAUUCCCAUGAUGAUCUCAUGCUGGUGCAUUCCCAUCGGUCUUUUCAUCUUCGCAUGGACUUCUUACGAGAAUCUCUCCUGGGCUGGUCCUGCUAUGGGUGGUUUCCCUGUCGGUUUCGGUUUCAUCUUCCUCUACAACUCUGCCAACAACUACCUCGUCGAUUCCUACCAGCACCAAGCCGCUUCUGCCCUUGCAGCAAAGACUUGUAUUCGAAGUUUCUGGGGUGCCGCUGUUGUCCUAUUCACUGAGCAGAUGUACGAACGUCUCGGUGACCAGUGGGCCUCUACUCUUCUGGCCUUCCUCGGACUUGCAUGCUGUGCUAUUCCCUUCCUGUUCUGGCAGUACGGUGCCAAGAUUCGUGAGCGCAGCAAGUACGCUUACGCUGGCGAGGAUGAGAGUGUCGAUGAUAUCGAGAAAGCCAAGAGCCGCAACAGCGCGGGCAAUCAGGUUCGCGACGAUUCUGAGGACGAGGACUUGCGCCGCGCUCGAAGCUACGUCAGCAACCCUUAA